UGUGGGAUUGCACCUUUCAACCUUUGGAGAGACCCAAAGUAGGAAAACCCCUGCAGCGGCAUUCUAGCCCGGGCUUUCUGGACGUCUGGGCGAUCCAUUUCAUUUCUUUCCCCCCCCUCCCUUUUGCUCUGGCGGUCUGGUUUAAUUUCGUGUAAUCAUUUCCUGAUUUACAUGUUUCCUGUCAUUAACGGUCGAAUUAGUCAUUCUAUGGGAAAGAAACCCCUGUCAGACGGCAGCUGGACGGGUGUCUGGUGUGGUGGGUGAAUCGAAUCCCGGGAUGAACACCGUCAGUCUCUUUCUGGGGAGAGCCUCAGUAACGGAGAAUAUCGCUGUUGGGAUUGAGAAUAUUGAAAAUAAAUCCAUUUCCCUCGUGGCUCACACAGCCCAUGAUGUUUCAUGCGUGCACAUUCCAGGUUUCCACCGAUUGAUUGGGGGGUGCUCGUUCUGUGCCCGACGAGAUUCCCCCAGAAAAGUGCCCACCGGGCAAAACAAACGGGGGCCAAACCUACGGAGCCACUCUGGGUCCAUCCGCCCAGCGUUAUCGAGUCCGCGCCAAACACGACUUGGGAUCCCGACUCAUCGAGUGUCAACGACUGUCAACGAGUCAUUGAACGUUCAGUCUCCACCAGCUCUCAUUCAGAUUCACUACUACCCAUGCAGGGAGACUCAAAACGUCUACCAACCUGCGCCACGCUGUCUGAACUUGAAAGUCCCACUAGGAAAACACGGUACUCAUGAGGCUCACAGACGGGGUUGUCUCCCGUUAGCACCUUGGUCAUCCUUGGAGAUGGAGAUGGAGAUGGAGAUGGAGAUGGAAGAAUCCAUUAUCGCAACUUGCCGCCGCUUGCCAAGGAUUCCUGAUAUCGUAUCUUUGGAAUGACGAUGGCCCACUUUUGCUUCCCCCUUUUCUUCGCGUAUUAAGUAAUGAUUGAUUCGAGAUAAUUCCUAUCCACAUCUCUUUUGGGGGCCAAAUUCAUUCCGAUGGGAACCACGCGACAAACUGCCGCGCUAUGCUGCAAUUCGCCCGAUCACUAUACUAACAUACUUCUGUUAUGAGACCGACGAUCGGCAUGAGUUC